ACCACGUCUGAUCAUGCGUACAUUGUUCGACUCAUUCGAUUUUAUGACUUUAUGUUCCUUAUUUUUUUUCCAUUCAUACGUCUUAUUUCUUUAGUGUGUCCUACGCAUAGUACCUAGUAAAAUAGCUGAUCAUCGUGAACAAAUCCCAUUCUUCUGACGCGAACACGCAGUGGAUCGACGUGACUCGUUGGUUUUUGAGAAUUAUUUUGCUUAAUCGUCUGGUUUUCAAGCUUGGUUGCUGUUAACUAUAAUACAAAAAUCAUAAUGUCUUCAAAAAAACAAACUCAUUGUGAUGGAGGAACUAGAGGUAAUGAAAAAUCAACUAAAACAGGUUCAAAAUUACAUCAAUCAAUGUCAUCUAAUAUACUGAAAACUAAUGAUACCAAAGUUGAUAGUACAUCAACUGUACAAAUGCAUGCAGCUGUUGAAGAAAGAGUACUCUCGUUAUCCAGAUUAAAAUCCCUACAGUUUAAACAUAAUUCAGCAAUCAUGUCAAUAAUAAAUCAAAAUGAAAAUAGUGAACAAAUUAUAACAGAUGAUCAAUUAGACCGCAUUCAAUGGGAACUUGAAUCAUUCUUAUCUGAUGUAAUUUUACGCAAAAAAACAAUUAAAAAUGAUUCUAAUUUGAUUGCUUCUGUGCUAAUGGAUUGUCCUCAAAAUAAAACAGAAAAUAAUUCUGAACUACCUGUGAUCAAAACAAAAGUUGCUGUAAAAACAUUUCACAAUGAUGAAUGUUCUUCAAACUUAAACAAUUUUGAAUAUUUUUCUUCUGACACAGAUGAACUACCUCCAAACAAAACUGAAUCAGCAAAAAAAUUUUGGUCUCUGGUUGAUCCUUAUCUUGCUGAUGUAACCGAAGAAGAUCUCAAUUGGUUAGAAAAUUUAGUUAUGUCUUAUGACUCUAAACUGAGUAAAAUACCACCUUUAGGUAAACAUUAUUCAAAACGCUGGGCACAUAAAGAAUUAGAAAUGGAAAAACUACAAGCUUCAUGCUCUCAUCAGUCAAAUAUGAAUCUUCGUCUAACAGAUCGAGUAUCCCCUGAAGUGGUAGAAUUAAUAAAUAAAGUUAAUAAUGCUACACAUGACGAUAAUGAAUCAACACCAAUAUACCAAAAAAUAAUUGCAGCUCUUUUGGAGCAUUCAAAUAUGUCUCAAAAGGAUACAGAUGAUGAUAGUGUUAGUGAUGGUGAUGCUGAAGACAAACCAGAAGUAAUGAGUAAUGUUUGUGAAGAAUUUUAUGGGGAACAAAAUAUUAGAAAGCAAUUGCAGAAAUUAGGGUUAAUUGGUAAUCAAAGUAAGCCGGUGAAAUCAUCUUCAAACCUACCCUAUUCACCAUCACAGGAUGCCGAUGUUAAUGAUGAAAUUUUUGAAGAAUUGACUAAAUGUGAUGAUGCAUUAAGAAAUUUACAAAAAAUGAAUAAAAACCAUUUAACUAAAUUACUAGAAAGAGCCCGUGUAGGUCAUGCUCACCAAAUGAAAAAAAAUGAACUCCAAAAACUGGAUGAUCAGAUUUUAAACUUUAAAAAACAAGGCAAUCCACAGAAAAAUGAUAGAAAGACAGCGCAAACGAGUAAAGAAUAUGAAGAAAUUAGAUUUUUAUUAGAUAAACGCAACGAUUACCUUAUGCGAUUACAAUCCUAUAAUUCUUCUAAUGUUAAUGAUUCUGAAUUAAGUGCCGAAGAAGAAAUAAUCAAUAUAGACGAUACUAUAAAAAAUAAAUCAUUUGAAUCUGGCUGCUGUUAA